GCUCAUGGCUAUCGGCGGCCAUGUCUACUGCGACACGCGGCUGAUCCUGCGCAAGCUCGAGCAACGCUUCCCCGAUGGUGCCAUCGGAGCCUCGGGCGGCGAUCAGAAGGCCAUUGAAAGCCUGCUGUCGAGAUGGACCAUAGACGGAGGCAUCUUCGCGAGGGCCGCGUCAUUGAUUCCGCCGGACAUGCCUGUGCUGCAGGAUCCAAAGUUCCUCGAGGACAGGAAGAGCUUCUCGGGCAGGAGCUGGGACAAGGAAGACCUGCGGCGCGGGAGGCCCGAGAGCAUGGUGCACAUCAGAGAUGCAUUUGCACUAUUGGAAUCGACGCUGCUAGCCGACGGGCGUGACUGGAUACUGAAGACGGAGAGGCCCAGCCUGGCGGACAUUGAAGCAAUUUGGCCACUGGACUGGCUGGUGGAGAUGAAAGGAGCGCUUCCGCCAGCGCUGAUCUCAGAAAGUAGCUUCCCCAAGGUGUUCGCUUGGAUCAAGAGGUUCCGCGACGCGCUUAAGGCAGCCAAGUCGUCGGGCUUCAAGGGCGUGACACUGGACGGGCCGGCGGCGGUUAAGGCUGUGACAGGCGGCCGGGGAGGCGACGGAGAAGACACGGAGGGGAGGUUCGACUCGGCAGAGCCGUCGGGCGUGCAGCAGGGCGAGGAAGUGGAGGUCUGGCCGAUCGAGAGCGGGUUUAGCCACCGCGACCGGGGUAGGCUGGUCAGCCUGACGUUCGACGAGGUGGUGCUUGAGCUUGAGACUGGCGUGCGCAUUCAUUUCCCGCGAUGGGGGUUCAGGGUGUCUAAGGCUGCUGCUCCUGCGGCGGCCCGGCUCUGAAGGUGGCGACACGUGCAAAGGGGGGCUGCGUGAGUGCCCAAGGGCGUGGUAUAUAGUGCGACGGGCGA